AAAAAACAAUUGGGUUGGAAAGGAAACAUGGUAUCUCUCUCCUUCCAAGCAAUGAAUGAAUUGUUCGGAAGAAAAGCAAGGCAUGCAUGAACAUAGGCCGCCCACCACCUCUUCUUACUUCUUACCUCCAACAAAAAAAAUCAAGUGGCCACCAGCUGCCAUGGCAAAAACAGCUCCAGUUGGUUGCGUCUUAAUCUUCUUUGUCAUUGCCUCCCUUGGCCUUGUCUCCUUUGCUUUGUGUCUUGUUGCAGAGGCUAAGAGAACCAAGGCCGAAGAUGUCAAGUUGGAUGGAAAGCUAUGUCAUUUACCUACAAGUCAUGUCUUUGGAAUUGUAGUUGCCGCACUAAUCUGUCUCUCAAUUGCUCAAAUCACAGGGAGCGUAGUAGUGUGUGCAAAUUACUGGUGGAGCUCCAGAGGGAAGGUCAGAAACAGAAAGGCCAAGAAACCGGUUCUAUUUCUUACAGCAUUUUCCUGCAGGGUGAGCUUUGGAGGUGCAGUGAUUCUAAUGAGUGCAGCCACGAGUAUGAAUAGAAGGCAGCCCUACGGAGAAGGAUGGUUGGACGGGGAAUGCUACGCAGUUAGAGGCGCCGUGUACAUAAGCGCUGGACUUUUAAACCUGGUUGCAAUCUUCGCCUUGCUUGGAGCAGCCGCCGUCAUGAAAACCACCAAUCCAGUUGAUCAAGGCCUCAAAGUAUAUGCACACAAUUAAUUAAUGCAUCACAUAAUAAACAAUAUAUACAAGAUAGAAUUGCAAUUUUUGGAGGGUUUAAUUUUGUCCUCAGGAAUAUUAGUAAUUGAAAUUUAAUUCCCAAUUGAGAA